UGUCUGUGGUUCAUGGAUGACAUGACAUCUGAAAUGUCGCUCUUGUAGGCGAUGAGUAGCAAUUUGAUGCAAAACAUUUUGAUUUUAACAUUUUUUCGUUCAAGUUUGUGUUAAUAUGUAUUAAUAAGAUUGUAUGAGCUUAUCUCGUGUUAGCUGGUGUGACUGAUUUUCUUAUAUAUAAAUAAUUAGGUAUCAAAACUAGGGCAAUGGAUCUUGAGGACAAUGCAAUGGGUCUAACCCACGAACAGACGGACAAAAUACUUCAAUUUCAAGAUUUAACUGGAAUAGAAGAUAUGUCGAUAUGCAGAGAUGUUCUACAAAGGCAUCAGUGGGAUUUGGAGGUGGCGAUACAGGAACAGUUGAAUAUCAGAGAGGGUCGACCAUCGGUGUUUGCUACAGAGGCUCGCGCGCCUCCCGUGGUACACGAUCACAUAGCGCAGCAAGUGUUCACAGAUGAGCCUCCGGAAGGGCCUGGUGGUGUGCGGGGACUGUUCCGCUAUGUAGUCAACCUUGUAGUAUCCGUAUGUUACAGCACAAUAACAUCAGUGCUUAACUUGCUCCUCAGUUUCGUGCGCAAUGACGACAGGAGAUUGGUGACUGAUCCUUUGGGCGAUGUGAUGGGUUUCAUCAACAACUACACGUCUCGGUUCAAUCCCCACCCUGUGUUCUACCAAGGCACAUAUGCACAGGCCCUAAAUGAUGCCAAGAAUGAGCUCCGCUUCCUCGUUGUAUACCUACACUCUGAGUCUGCUUCAGAAACACAAAACUUCUGCAGGACAACCCUGGCAGAUCCAGAGGUGAUCCAGUACAUAAACACACAUGCCCUGUUCUGGGGCUGCUCGGUGGAGAGUGGCGAGGGUUGGCGAGUGGCUCAGUCAGUGGGCGGACGGCGCUACCCUCUGCUCUGCGUAGUAUGUGUCCGUGAGCACCGCAUGACGGUGGUGGCGCGCUCUGAAGGCUCCUGCAGCCCGCACCAGUUACUGCAGCGCCUGCGCCGCGUCGUCACUGAUAACGAGCCACAUCUAGCAGCCGCCAGGGCUGAUAGAGUGGAGCGUGAAGUGACAGCACGUCUGCGCGCGGCGCAGGACGAGGCGUACGCGGAGUCGCUGGCGGCCGACCAGGAGAAGGAGCGGCGCCGCGCCGCCGACCGCGCCGCGCGCGAGCUGCGCGAGCAUCAGGACCUGCAGCGGCGGCAGCAGGAGGAGCGACACAAGCUCGAUCUGGUGGCGGCCCGCCAGGCGAUGGCGGCGCGGUUGGCCCCCGAGCCGGCGGCGGGCUCCGGGACCGUAGUGCUGCUCAUACGACUGCCCGGCGGAGAGAGACUCACGCGACGCUUCACACUCAUGCACACUGUGCAGGAUCUAUAUGACUUCGUAUUUAGUCACCCACAGUCUCCCGAGGAGUUUGAAAUCACGACCAACUUCCCCAAGCGUGUCCUCGCCCGCGACGCCAGCAGCCUCAUGGACGUCGGACUAAAGGACCGCGACGUACUCUUCGUCAACGAUAUUAAUGCAUAAAAUGCGUUAGUGCUCUCAUAUACAUAGUUAGUAACAUCUUGUUGGGAUUGCACAUGGAGUAGUACGCAAAUAAAGUAUGGAAUGAGUGUAGAAGAAUGUUUGUCACCAUACCAGUGGUGGAUCAAAUGUAUUGGCAAAGCCAAGGAGGCAUGGUCGGAAAUUUUCACACAUUUAAUCACUAACAUCGAAUCAUUUUUGUUUCACCAAAAAUGUGUUAAAAUUCCGAUCAAUAUGUAGUUCAGUUUGGUGUUUUGUGAUCCUAUCUGUCUUCAUAUUAUAGAGGUUCACAUCGUAGGCAUUUGGGUUGUGAUUGGUUGACAUCGUGUGUGCGGGAUUACUUCAUUUGCUCAUUACUCCGUGUUUAUACGCGUUUGACGGGACUGUAACUGCCGCGUCGACGUUUCGAGCGGUUAGUAGUGGAACAUGUACAUAAUACGCUGAGCAAAGGUACACACACAAUAUGCACAUAAUGUACUUGUGUCACUCAUAUAACUUAAUGACCAAUGUAAGUAUCUGAUCCAGGACGUCUACCUCUGUCCACGAACUUUGAGCAAAUUAUUCCAAUGUAUACUGUACAUACACUUAAUACCUACUCAAAAUUGUAAGUCCGUGUAAUUUCGUACAGUCGGCAAUCGCAGAACUUUUCACAACGCAGCUAUAUUAUGCGGGAAGGAUUAAAGGGUCAGACUAAUCGACAUUUUAGAAUUAUUUUAAUUUAUUUUAAAUCGUGUUAUUGACAUUAUUUUUAUGGUGUAAAUGUCGAUAAGUUUGUUAGCAAGUGUGAUUGCUCAGUGUGCGGAAUUUUGAUUUUUUAAAUACCAUGCCGGUUGAAGAACUAUGGCUUCACACAUUAGUCACCAUAGUUGAUCCAACAUUGUCGUGAUUCAGACAAAAACUUAGUUUAGUCGAUCUACAAAUUGACUUCCAACUGUUUGGUCUAACAUCGAGAUCAGUGCGUGAAGCCGCGAUGUGACUGAUAUCCAGACUUAGGACACCCUGGCAACAGGGUAAUUAGUUUUGUACUUAAAUUAUAGUACAAUAAGGUCCCCUUUCGUUUGAGUUGCAAUAUCGUCGUUUGUAAUCGCUGGACGAUUGCAAGAUGAUUUUCUUUUGUCCCACAAUGUAGAACUAUAAUAUUGAUCUGUAGCUAUAGUAGAUAUAACGAAAUAAUCAUAAUAUUAGAAGUCCGUAAUGUUCGAUUUGUGUCAAUAUUCCAUUGAAAUUAUGCAUGUCAAUUCUAUGUCUACUUGAUCCGAAUCCAAAUGAAUACGGCCGUUACAGAGGACUAGCCUCGAUAAUUGAAUGGCCUUAUAACUUGGACCUGCUUCUUUACACUCCAGUUUAAUGAAUUACAAAUUAGCAGUUGAUGUUUAUAGACACAAUAUUUAUAAUAACCCGCUAUGUGUAAUUGUGUAGUGUUAAGUUGAACGAAUGGUUAAUAAAGGUCACAUUUUUGACACAUUAUAAUGCUCAAAUUAUUCAGUACGCGUCCGGGUUCGUUGCACUCUAGAUCGUGACGUUACGACCUCUAAUACGCAGUCGUCGUUACAUUGAUAACUUCUAUUUAUCGAGAAUAUGCGAUAAUUUCAUUUCUAAAUUGGUAUUUUCUAGACUUUGUCAACAUUCUUGACUGACUAAAUCUAUUUAUUGUAUCCGUUCCUUCUUUUCUGAAGCUAUUAGAACUCGAGCACGUACUGUACGACUGUGUAUGCAAUAAUACAAUAAUUGGGCAACUAAUCACGAUGAGACACUCUCGACUUAUCGUUCGAAGUAAACGCGUAUAUCCCACUCUUAUUGUGAUAUUCGUAUGUUGUAUGUAUGUACUAAUAUUGUGUAGGUAUUGUAAACCAAAAUCUGGUAUAAGACAUAAUAUUAUUCGGAAGAUGCGUGGGUUAAUUGCAUAUCAAAUUUUUAUUUUAUUGUUUAAUUCUGGAAAUAUGCUUUUUUUUUAUUAAUAGGAACUGUUCUUGCGCUAGUAAAGACAAAGGUUCUGUCGGUUUUGUUACCUUUUUGUGCACGGCGAAGAUUUGUUUGGGUCGAGACUUGUCGUAUAAUGCGGGUCUUGUAUGUCGUUGGUUGGUAAAUACUAAUUACUUGUAAUAAGUUUGAAAGUUGUCCUCAAAAUUCUUGUGUUAAGAUACUUUACUUUGUUAAUGUCUCGAAGAGGCUCAUCCUCCUACAUUUGAACAAAUUCUCCGUCGUGUAAACCUACAAGUUUAAAAUUAGUUUUGUUCCUUCCACAAUAUUCGUUUGUAUGAACUGUCGAACUUAUACUCUAUAUAAAUAGCUGUAAGUUCGUCUGCUAGUAAUAGGUACUUAGGUAUAUACAUAGUUAUAAAAUUGAUCCUGUAAUAGAUGUUUAAACAUGUUCUUAAAGCUCAAUCGUACCAAGUUUGCAAGGACUUUUACUGUCGGAAAGGCAGAUUUGUGCGUAAAGUAAAUCUACAUGUCUAUAUCGUACCCCAAGACAUUAGUUCUUGGCUCAAUAUAAGUGUUUGUCACCUCUAUUGUAAAUUAAGUAGUUGUCUACAGAACAAGAACAAAACUAAUUUUAUACGAGGCCUGUAUGUAACUCUAGUAAGUUAUGAUCGAUAUUUUAUAAGGUAGAAAUAAAUAGAUCAAGGUACAUAAUUGUUAUUAUUUUGUCUCGCAUUUCUUAGUUAAAUGUCGCUUCAUUUUUGUUCCCUUUGUUUUAAUUUAUAGGUGUUUUUGAAAUGUAAAUUAUCCUUGAUGCGUUCCAUUAUUGUAACUGUUUUGUCAAUGAUUUAAUGCUGAGGGGUUUGAAUUUGGAAGAUUUUCUUAUAUGGCAAAGAUGCGGCGCAUUCGGUCAAUGGUUACAUGCAUUUAUUUCUAAAACGAACUGUGUAUUAUAUUGUUUUGUUGUAUUAUAGUCAUGUUUCUUCCUAAAUAAAUGUUUUUAUUGUA